CCAAUAUGGCGGAAGAAGUGAAGUAUGGUGGAGGGGGAUCUGUCGAAUUCACUCGACAUGUUAAUGCUAACAAUGCCAAAUUAUUAGCUUUCAUUACAUUAACUGGUUUUAUAGUUUAUCACGGUAUCAUCCAUUUAACUUACGGAAUUGAUUCUUGUAAAUGGCUACUCAGCGAUGGUAGAUUUCAAGGUUAUCGUGUAUGGCAGCCAUAUGGAUGCAUGAUGCACACGUAUAGUAAUGUAGAUUCUAGAAUGUGUAUGCGAUAUAUUGAUUACUGGGGAGGAAAGAACCAUAUUGUUUUUAUAGGAGAUUCUAGAAUUAGACAGUUAUUCAGGGCAUUUGUUCAUCGUAUAGACUCUAAAACUGAUUCAAAAGAUACUCCAGUUCAUAAAGAUUUGAAAUUUAGUGAUAGUGAUUUAAAACUUGAUACCGAGUUUUUAUGGCAUCCAAUGAUGAAUCAUUCUAUGCACGAAGUUUAUAGUAAAUGGGUGGAAAUGGAACCUAGAAAAAGACCAACAGUUGUUGUAACGGGCAGUGCCACCUGGAGUAUACGAACAAGUAAUGCAAGCAUGGAAGCAUUAGAAGACUUUAAAUCAAAUCUUACAAAAUUAGUUCCAUUAAUGAAUGAAUUAAAAUCAACAACAAAAAUAUUAUGGGUUCUUCAAGAUCCUGUAGUUCCAGAAAAACUUCAUCCUUUUCGAAGCAUGAUAACUAACGAACAAAUAGAUUUCUAUAACAAAGCUGCCAUGGAUAUUCUAAAAUAUAGUAGUGUUUUCGUUUGGAGUUCUUCACGUCUUGUUUCUCAAGGUUACAAUCAAGAUCAAGAAGAUGGUUUACAUAUGGGACAAGUUGCACUUAACUAUGCUGUUCAGAUUUUACUUAAUAUGUAUUGUAAUGAUCAUAUGAAUUACAAUGACGGAACAUGUUGUAGUAGUGCUGAACCUGUCACUGUUCUUCAAAUUGUUACAUUUUCGAUUCUUGGUGUUUGCUUCUUACUUGGUCUUGCUAUGAUGAUACAUAAAAAAUGGAAAACAAGAAGAAUUAGACAGUAUAGCUUAUUAGAAAAUUGCAAUCAAGGUGAAAGGAUUAGAGGAGCAGAUAAUGGUUCUUGGUAUGAAUUAUUCACUUCUCUUGGAAAAUUAGGUAUUAUUAUGGCAUAUUUCUACUUAUGUGACAGGUGAGACAAAUUAUAUUUUCAACAUGUUAGCUAUUUUUCAU